CCGUCAUGCUGCCUUCCAAAGCAGUCCUCAGCAGAAAGAUAACACAGACCCGCAGAGAGAGGAGUGUUUUUUAGCUGCCCAUGCCUUCCUGAGCUGUGUGAGGAGCACUUCUGAAGAGGAGAAUAGCGGACUGCCGGUGUACCUACAACAUCUCUGUAAAAUCUAUAUCUCUGCGUGGAAAAAAAAUGAAAACACAACACCUGAAAAUGGAGCACAGAUCGAGCAACAGCUGAGGAAAAGAGAAAUCUGCCUGUGACAGUUUGCUUUCAGCCACGCUCGGGGUGGAAAGUCCUUCGCCUGUCUUUGCACAUGUCACCGGGGUGCUGAUUUGACUGUUCAAAGAGACUCUCUGGAUCCAUCUGAAUCUUUGACAAAAGUUCAGCCGGCUGAUUCUUUUUUUCUCCCCCACUUACCAAGGAGAAGAUGAAAGUGCCUCUUUGUUUUCUCUUGAGCUGCAAUCUUGUCCUAAUAGCAGGCUACAAUUCCUUUAGGAGAAGCCUGGAGACUCUAGGCAAGAAGCAAUACCAAGUCCAGCAUGGAUUGUGCAGCUACACUUUCCUUCUGCCCGAGAUGGACAAUUGCCGGUCUUCCUCCACUUCCUCGUAUGUCUCCAACGCCGUGCAAAGAGAUGCCCCGUUGGAGUACGACGAUUCCAUCCAGAGGCUUCAGCUGCUGGAAAAUAUGCUGGAAAACAACACUCAGUGGCUGAUGAAGAUUGAGAAUUAUAUCCAAGAUAAUAUGAAAAAAGAAAUGGUUGAGAUUCAGCAGAAUGUGGUUCAGAAUCAGACAGCAGUGAUGAUUGAAUUGGGCACAAACCUAUUAAAUCAAACAGCGGAACAGACCCGCAAAUUAACAGAUGUCGAAGCACAUGGAUUUGGGAACCCCUCUGGAGAAUACUGGCUAGGAAAUGAAUUGGUUGCUCAGCUAACUAACCAGAAGCAGUAUGUUCUGAGAAUACAGUUGAAAGACUGGGAAGGAAAUGAGGCAUAUUCUUUAUAUGAGCAUUUUUCCUUAGCAGGUGAAGAACUAAAAUACAGAAUCAACCUUAAAGGGCUUACGGGUACAGCCGGCAAAAUAAGCAGCAUCAGUCAACCAGGAAAUGGGUUUAGCACAAAGGAUGUAGACAACGACAAAUGCAUCUGCAAAUGUUCACAAAUGUUAACAGGAGGUAAGAGCGGCGUUUUCUCUUCUCUUCCUAUUCUCACACUUUUCUAUUUCUGUUGGCACUUUGUUUAUCCAUAAAGUAAAAAGCAGAUACAUUUGGCCGCGCCAGCUGUUAUAAUAAAAUGGAAAGAUCAGAAUGACUUGUGUAAGUAAACUA